UUUAGUAUCUCAUAAUUUAAAAAUGUUUCUCCUAUUUAAAACUUAAUUUUCCCUCCUAAAAGUCCAAAUAAAAGAAAGUAUUGUCUAAGUCGACUCCAACGAUGACUCGGCCGUCCAUAACGAGACUACAUCCUCUUUACAACUCGCCCUGGUCCAGUUCCAAGAUAAGACGGGAGUCAAACAAAAGCUUUAUUUGAAGUCACAGUCCACGGCUGUAAAAAAGUCCCAUAAGAGAGUUCGUUGACCCGAGGGUGGUCCCGGUCCGCAUGUCCCUCGUAAAACUGCUUAUGGCCCCGUCUUUGAUGGACGAGGAGGGCGGAGUGAGGACUAUAUAAAGACCAGCAGGUCUGGGCCUCGGCACCUCCUGAGCCCACACCUGCACCAUGGCCUUCGCUGGAAGAUACGAAACCCAAACCCAGGAGGGCUACGAUGACUUCUGCAAGCUUCUGGGCAUCCCGGCCGACGUCAUCGAGAAGGGCCGCGACUACAAGAUCAUCACCGAGGUGACCCAGGACGGGAAGGACUUCUCCUGGACUCAGGUCUACCCCACCAACGCCAAGGUGACCAACAAGUUCACCGUGGGCCAGGAGUGCGACAUGGAGACCAUCGGGGGCAAGAAGUUCAAGGCCACCGUGUUCCUGGAGGGCGGCAAGCUGAGUGUCACCUUCCCAAACUACCAGCACACCUCUGAGAUCCAGGCGGGUAAACUCAUCGAGACCUCCACAGCUGGCUCGGUGGUGCUGAAGAGAACCAGCAAGAAGAUCUGAGUGCUCGGGGACCUCUUUGGGGUACAGACUCCAGGGGCCACAGCUACUGCCGUGAAUAAAGUACCACCACACCUUC